GUCCUUGGAGAAGUCGAUUUUAUCCACCUUCCACCAGAGAAAUGCUUCGUACCGUUCGAUGAUUUCGUAGACAAGGUUGUUGGAAACUACUACACGUCUGUCUAUGUGAUGAGGGCUGGUGCUGUUGGACGCGGUGUUAAAGAGCCCAGGGAUUUGGGACAAAGGUCAUCUUACAUUUGGAAAAUGAUGCCAGACGGGAGAGUACAACGUUCAACCGGACACUGGGUUAUCAGCAGUCAAUCCUGCCAUACGAUUAGGGAUUUCUGGCCACGGGGAUCCUGCGAUAAGGCAAACUUCCAUCGAAUAGGCAGCCCUAAACCUGGCCAAAAAGUGCCUAUGCGACAGUCAGAAGUUUUGAUAAGCUGCGAUCCUGAAAAUUACCUGAUUAGAGUAGCCUGUGAACCAGCAGAUCUUGCUCCGGGGAGCCCAUGUCUCCAGGGUGCCGCACAAAUCCUUAUUCGUGAUCGUCGCGAAGACAGCGAUGGCGAUGGAUUCUUUGACGAGAAUCCAGACUACAGUGGCACCGACUGGUGCAAGAUUGACAGGCUUAUUGAGGCCUGUAUGCAUACAAAGUUAGUGGACUGGCAGUGGCAUCCAUACCGGAGGGAAGAGUGUGAACGACCCUGAUAAGAAAGAAUACCACACCAACAUACGUUCUGUCCUGAUAAAUUUAUUGAUAAAGAUGGAUAUGAUCAAUAACUUUUCGAUUUUCUUCAGUAAGUAUGUAAAAUGCAAACAACACAUUUACUCGUACUCUUUCAUCCAUACGUGUCAUUCGUAAUAACAAUAUUUGCAAGUUUAUGAUUAGUGUCAAUGAUGUUUUAUGGGUUAUACGUAUUAUUGUAUUGCAACAAAAUGUGUUAAGGACAUGCGCACUCUUAACUUGGCUUGAUAUGGAAUACAUUGAAAAAUAUCU